CCAUACUCUGUAAUCUUAGCCCUGUCUUCUCCCUCCCUCACAACCAUUCCCAAUGGCUUCCAUAAGACACACUCUAUCAUCUUCCCCCCUAAAACAACACAUUCCCUCUCUCACCCCAUACACUACUACUUCCUGCAAACACAAUUUUUCAUAUUCAAAGUUGUGUCCUGCACACCUUAGUCUCCAUGCCCAUGCCCCAUUUUCUUGCUCCGUGGCAUUCAAUCCCUCCGGCAACUUCGACCUCUCCUUAUACGAUGAUGAAAAUAAUAUAGAAAGAGCAGCGCCUCCCAUGCCCCCAACAGAAGGUAGAUAUGAAGUGGUAAUCAAUGAGGAUGUUAUUCGCAGUUUAGACUUAUCCCCAUUUCAAAAUGCAACUGGAAUUACCUCACCGUCACAUGCGAAGCCAAAGGAUUUUGUUGAACGUACAAUUGGAUUCACAAUUAACUUCAAAAGAGAAGAUGAAUAUGACCCGCGAGAGCUAUCGGAAUUCCCAGAAAUUAGGCUGUGGUUUGUAAGAUUAGAUGCUACUUAUCCAUGGCUUCCUGUGCUGUUGGAUUGGCGUGCUGGAGAGCUUGCACGUUAUGCAGCCAUGUUAGUUCCUCAUCAGAUGAAUAUGAAAUUGGGAGUGGUAUUCAAUCCAGAGGCACUGGAGCUGUUUGUAAUGAAGAAAGUGUUCAUCGUAUAUUCAUGGUUGAAGCAACAUUAUGGGACUCCAUUCCCCAGAUUGAAGACAAAGGACAUGGCAAGAAUGCUUGGUUUUGCCAUUGGGGAUGAACUUUUUGACUUGAUUGAUAAAUACCCACUUGAGGAUUUCUCAUAAUAUGACCAAAUCUUCCAAUGAAAAUUUUAUUUUUUAUUUUGUUUGGUA